GCAUCAACUGUGAAUCCGAAGAAGGCGAAAGAAAUCUGCCCGUUUGUGAUUCCUCUUGUGCAAUAUCAGUCGCUUCCCCUGAUUUCACUAUACACAAGAACAUAGGAGAUGUCGACACUAGAGUUCAGAAUCAGAGAUUGGACUUCCUCCGACAAUGUUCACGGAUAAAGGCCUUGAGUUUUUAGCAAGUGCAGUGGGUGAACCAAAACGGCUUCACCCAAAAACAGAGUCAUGUGUGAAGUUUGAUGAGGCACAGAUCUUAGUGGUAGCGGAUUUGACCAAGGAUUUACCUUCAGAAUACGUUUUCACAGGUGAGGAGGAAGGAGAGGUAGAUUCGAUUAUUAAGUAUUCUUACCCAUGGUUACCACCACGGUGCACCGGAUGUAAGAAAUGGGGACAUCUUAGGAGCACUUGUCUUUCAACAAAGACUACAGAGUCUCAAGUUAUUGAGAAUUCUGAGCCUACUCCAGUAGAUGCCUUGGAGAAAACGGGAGCCUCUCUUAAUCUAUCGGGGACAGAACAUGUUGAUAUGGCAAAGGCUGCAACGGAGAAAAAGGUGGAAGAGGAGAAAGAAGCAGAAGAAGGUACGGGGUGGAUAACCCCAAAAAAUGGUCGUAGCAGCCCGGGUAAAAGACGUGAGGAUUUAAAAUUUGGAGAAGUUUCAAUUCUGUCAAACUCGUACUCUGUUCUUGGUGUUGAGGACGAAACAGUAGUCGAGCAAGCUCCAGAGGAAACAGGGCCUUUGCUACCUGUUUUGGUAUCAACAAACAAACAAAGUGAGUCAGCCCCGGCACAAGAAACUGUCACAAAGGGCCGUGCAGCAAAGGCUAUAUUGCCUCUGCGACCAUCCUUACCUCGUGACUCAAAAACAGCCCAUAAAACGGUUUCUCAUCUUCCUGCUUCUUCGGCUAGGGACCCCUCUAGAGAUCAGAGCAAGAAGAUACCUCCAAAACAUAUUUAAUGUCGGGUUUCUUCUGGAAUGUCCGGGGUUUAAAUAAAUAUUCAAAGCAUUC